AUGAACCACAGCAAAGUAUCGUUAUUACACCAGAGAAACUGUGCCGUUUUUAUGGCCAGCAUCGCCUUCCACGAGAAAUCUUUCCCUUUCCAAUCUCGGUUGCCAGUAUCACCUCACUCAAAAGGAUGCCAGGUCACGACCAUCUGUCCCUGCACUUAUGUCAAGGGCUUUGCUCGAUGGCUACUUGCCAACCUGCAAGCAUACCCUAACGAGGAGUUUCAAAGACUUUCUGAUGUGGUCUUGGCCAUUCCAGUCAACAUCACCAACAUGCACGACGGAAAGCUGGAGAGGAUGCCAUGUAAGAUAUCUAGGCAUGCGCUGCCAAGAUAUCCGGAUAACAACGCACGGAAGCUUCUUGACGAGGCAUUAGACGACUUUACCGAGGAGACCAUAUCAGCUUCGCCAUUAACGCCAGCACACUUAGGACUGUCACCCACCACGCCAUCGUUCCCGGGCAGAAGUGUACGUAGCCCUGAGCCUUCGCCACACGAUAGCGUGCUGAGAUACACGUCCAAGUCUAUGCAUAUAGGCCAGGAAAUAUUAGAAUCGCCAGCUUCCAGUCCGACAGAGUAUCCUGCAUCUUCGUACUUGACACGCCAGUCUCAAGCAGAUGAGCCAAGGGGUACAUGUCACCACUCAUUACCUGCAGGGACUGCUUCUGAAGCGCAGCUCCCUCCACUGCCAGUGGGAAACACGAUACAGCGAAGCCCGGAUUCCCGGCGACAUAGCCAUUCAGCUAUUACCGUAACUCGAGGGAAGCCUCUUCUGAAUGGAUCAGACCAGGCACCGCAACUAAGAGAUACGCGCAGCUUUCUGUCCACACCCGGCACUUAUGGUCUAUUUUCGGUGGAAUGUGUGCUGCCUACCUUGUCAGCAGCGCAGGUUGUGACUAUUCGGGACAUAUUUCCUCGGCGUGAACGAGAAAAACAGUACUGCGACGCUUCGAAGCAGAUGUCAAAUCCACUCACACCUUUAGAAAGUGAUUAUGGCGACUCAACGCCUAGAGGGUCUGGCUCAUACCGCAGAGCAGAAACGACCCAGAAGCGAUAUUGGGAUUCGAGUCAAGAAGAACCCCCAGCAAAUGCAUCGUCUCUUCUGAGGCGUCCCAAGGCAGCGCUAGAUGUGGAACACACAAGGGGUGGACCGACGUGGGAUGAGUAUCUCCGGAAAAGGGAGGCCUGA